AUGGGUUCUCCAAGCCCGAGCCGUGAGUCGCCACACUCAUCGGGAUCCCAAUCGCAAUCCCAACUCCAACAGCAGCCGAGGACCCAACGGUCACGAGGCGGAUGUCAGACGUGUCGGGUGAAGAAGGUCAAGUGCGACGAGACGCGACCGAUUUGCCGACGAUGCAUCCGCUUGGAAUUGACUUGCGACUAUACGCGCCUCCCACGCAAGAAGUAUACCAGGCGCGUUAUCGCUUCUCCUGUUGCAUCGUCUCCUGCAAACUUGAUCGCCAGUGCAGAUGUGGCGUCAACGCCUAGCACCAGUUUCACAGCCCCUGGUGAUCAUCCAUAUUCUGGUGAGGCUUACUGCGAAGGUUUUGAAGGCGGACCGUUAUCCGAUACUCAGAGUGCAGACAUCAGUUUACCACCACUGAAUACCAUUGCCGACGAUGGCCUUGCACUUGAGCUCUCACCCGACUGUGCCGCUAUCUUGUUUCCUUCCGAUCACUCGGCAAUCCACUUCUUCCGAUUUGUCCUUCCAGGAAUGGUAGGGACGCGGAUAUCGAUGCACAGCGGUCCCGGGCUGGUCUGGAAGUUAGCUCAGCAGAGCCCCAUGGUCCUUCACAUGGUAUGCGCAGUCAGUGGCCAGUCCUGGUCUGAGAAGACAACUGGGUCUGAGUCAGAUGCUGAGUUCAGACGACUGAGAGCUAUCCAACACUAUAGAGAUGGUUUGCAGAUGCUCGCUGCGGCUACGCAGAUCCCUAGCGAGAUCACUUAUCUACCACCUGUUCUAGCUACCUUGUGGCUCAUGCUCUUGUAUGAACUCAAGUUUGGCGAUGGUUGUGGUAUUGGCUUUGAUGCACAUCUACGAGGCGCCACUUCUAUAUUAUUGGGUCGAUCGCAACUCACCAGCAGCGAAAGUAGUGAGUACCAUGUGUCACAUAUUAUUGAAGCUGAGAGCUUUUGCUCUGUCUCCUGUAAGAUACUCAUAUGGCUCUCGCACGCUGAUGGAGGUGCUGUUCUGAAUGGCUUUGGCGGGGCUUUCAACAACCUUCUGGGAGACUCUUCACUUGGCAUGUCCGAGAGCGAAGCGCACGAUCGCUUGGAACGGGUCAGACGACUGCAAAAGCGAUCUGUUCUUGCCAACUAUGACUUGUGGGGAAGGUCGUAUCCCCAGACAGAGCUGUUGGAGGAUCUGCAGUGUAGUGACCUAUCAUGUUUCGAUGCUGAGUCCGCUCAGCUGAAGUUUAUGGUCGGUGCCCUAGCUGCAGCUGAGUAUCGAGAUAAUGUCCCCCACGGUUCGUGGAGACAAUCUGUCGCAGGUGCCAUCCGCAACGUCAGAUCUAGAUAUGGAGAGUUGAUAAGCGUGGCCAACCGCCUCGAACUACCCGAUGAUGGACCCCAUAGACGGUUCGUGAUGGAGAUGCAAUCGGUCGUUUCCUGCUUUCACGCGAUCUUUGUCUGCUUUCUCCGCAUUACUCACGGACAAGAACCAAUGGCACCAGAGCAACGCGAGGCCAUGAAAGAGAUCAUGUCGCUAGCCUUCAAGGUUUAUCGAGACCAGGGAGAGACAGGUCUAGCCCGGCUAGGUUGGCCAUUAUUCGUGGUGGUGAUCGAGUCAGACGAUAUACUGCAUAGAUCUUGGGUACUGGAGCGGUUUAGCGAGCUUGCAUCCCAUGGGGAGAACUAUCGGCAAGCUUAUCAAGCUAUACGGGUUGCUGUGGCAGGUCGGCCACUGGAUGAAAGAACAGCGGGCUAUUUCGAAGUGUUCCGUGUCGAGUCGUUUCCGCGAUUUCUGCUCUGCCAGGGCUGCUGAUAGGAGAAUCCAUAGCAGAAUUUACGAAAUUGCCGAUCGGCAUCAAGCGUUGACUUGUCUAGAA